AUAUGUUCUGGGAACAAAAUAAUUCGUUGUUAUUGUCGGGGAGGCUAUUCUCUCGUGUAUGUGAAGUAUACCCGUGGGAUGGACGAGUUGAUAGACACGAUCAACCAGCUGCAGGACGUGUUCCUGGCGACGGGCUCGCAGGGGUUGGACCUGCCUCAGAUCGUGGUGGUGGGAGCCCAGAGCUCCGGCAAGAGUUCUGUCCUGGAGCAUCUGGUGGGCAAGUCCUUCCUUCCGCGAGGUCCUGGAGUCGUCACCCGCUGUCCACUCGUCCUGCGACUCCAGCGCGCCCAAGGUAGUCUCCAGGAGUACGCCAUCUUCCAGCACGACAAGACCAGAGUGUUCACCGACAGCGAGAUGAUCACCAGAGAGAUAGAGGAACAGACGUCGCGGCUGGCGGGAGGUCGCCGCGGUAUCUGCUCUGUCCCCAUCCUCCUCAGGCUGUACUCGUCGUCCUUCCUGAACCUCACCAUGGUGGAUCUGCCCGGACUCACUAAGGUGCCUGUGGGCGACCAGCCGGCAGACAUCGAGAGGCAGACUCGGGAUCUGACCCUCAAAUAUAUCCAAAAUCCGAACUGUAUCAUACUCGCUGUGACGCCCGCAAACGCGGAUAUGGCGACGUCAGAGAGCCUCAAGAUCGCGCGGGAGGUGGACCCCGAGGGGGCGAGGACUCUGGCCGUGGUGACGAAGCUGGACCUCAUGGACGACGGGACGGAUGCCAUGGACAUCCUCACCGGUCGGGUAAUCCCUGUCAAGCUCGGAAUCAUCGGUAUAGUCAACAGGUCCCAGAAAGACAUCAUGGAGGGGAAAUCCAUCAUGCAGAAUCUAAAGGAGGAAGCGGAGUUCUUUUACAAGAAGUACAGAAGCAUAUGUGAGCUUCACGGAAGCGUUUAUUUGACGAAGACGGUCCAAGCUCUUUUAAUAAACCACAUCAAGAAUUGUUUGCCUAAACUAAGAGAAAGGAUCAAUCAAAAGUUGGCGAGCCAGAAGUCAGAGCUUGAAGUUCUAGGGGACGCUAAGACGGACAGACCUACACUUCUCCUCGAUCUGAUGACCAAGUUCUCGAACAGCUACUGCGCGGCUAUCAACGGUGAUCUGUCGAACAUCCAGACCAACGAGCUCUACGGCGGAGCGAGGAUCAACUACGUGUUCCAGGAGAGUCUCAACACCACACUCAAGUCCAUCGACGCCCUCGCCGGCCUCUCGAAAGGGGCCAUCUUGACGGCGAUGCAGAACGCCUCAGGGGUCAAUCCGACCCUAUUCGUCCCCGAAGUCGCGUUCGAACUGCUGGUCAAGAGGCAGAUAAAGCGCCUCAGAAGUCCUUGUAUCCAGUGCGUGGAUUUGAUUCACGAAGAGCUCUGCAGAAUCGUGCAGCACUGUGUCGAAGACCAGGACUCGGGACUGCGCAGGUUCCCGAAACUGCAGCGAGAGAUCUCAGAAGUGGUCUCGGAACUGUUGAGGAGUCGGAUGCCCAUAACGAACCAGAUGGUCGAUCAUUUUAUCGACAUCCAACUCGCCUACGUGAACACGGGUCACCCUGACUUCCUGCCCAACUGGGCUCCCAGCAUGCAACUGGCAACGGUACAGAGUAACAGGAGCGACAGUGACUUCCUGGAUCGAAAAAAAUCCUCCUCGUCUAUUAAAUUCGCCGAGGAGGAUCUACAGCCUCUGCGCUCUCUAAGUCAGGACCCACCGAUGGACAAAUCGGCCAAGCACUGCAUUCUCAUCCAGGAGCUCAUCCAAAGUUAUUUCUCCAUCGUGAGGAAGUCGGUCCAGGAUAUCGUGCCCAAGACCAUCAUGCACUUUCUGGUGAACUACGUGUUAGAUCACUUGCAGUCCGAGCUGGUCGCCAAGCUGUACAGGAGAGAUGCCAGUGAUCUGCUGCAGGAGUCGGUGAUUGUCGUUGAGAGAAGAAAGGAGGUAAAAGCCGCGAUAUCUGCACUGGAGAAAGCCCACAGCAUUCUGAAUAUGCUUAAGCCUGCAAAAAACAGCGUUACUUACCACAUUUCAAAAUCAGACGUCCAGUUCUCCAGUUUGGUUUGAACAAAGAGAAUUCUCAGUUGUAAAUUUAAAAUUUUACCACAUUUAAAAUGUACAAGUUUAUACGAAACUGAAAACCCGAUAUUGGUUUGUAAAUUAAAUUGGGUAGUGUAUCUCCUUGACUUUA